GAAACUUGUCAGAAAAGAUUUCACAAAAACUUACUUCUUCAAGAAAAAAAACAAACACACCCGCCCACCAACCAUGCAAUAUCGUCCUUCUCCCGCCAUGAACAACUUGAACCGCUUCUUGUUCCGCCAAAACCCUCAAACCCGCUUAGCUAAUCGGGUCAUUAAACCCUGCGACGUGUUCAUCAACCACAGAGGGAUUGACACGAAGCGAACAGUCGUCACUUUGCUUUACGAUCAUUUGUCGCGGGUUAAUCUACAUCCAUUCUUGGACAACAAGAACAUGAAGCCGGGCGACAAGUUAUUUGACAAGAUUAAUAGUGCCAUCAAGGGCUGCAAAGUUGGCGUUACUGUGUUUUCACCUCAUUAUUGCGAAUCGUAUUUUUGUCUUCACGAAUUGGCUCUGAUCAUGGAGUCAAAGAAGAAGGUUAUCCCGAUAUUUUGUGACAUCAAACCUUCGGAACUUCGCGUUCCGGACAAUUGGAAAUGCCCGGCGAAUGAAAUUCAGAGAUUUAACUGGGCUCUUGAAGAGGCGAAGUACACCGUUGGGCUCACGUUCGAUUCCUUGAAAGGGAACUGGUCAGAAGUUGUGACGAAUGCAUCAGAUAUAGUGAUCAACAGUUUAAUGGAGAUUGAGUCUGAAGAACGGAGGCUGAUCAAGCGCAGGAACAAUACCCCAAUGACCAUCUAAUGAAGAAGAGC